UGUUUCUUCCCCCGGCGGCCGUCACUUCCUGUUUGUCCGGUGGGAACUGAGUGGACACACACACACAUUGUGUGGGGGUUCCUGUUCCUGAGGGUCUGUGGAUCCACUCAGGGAGCAGUUGAAGGACCAGAAGGCAGGAGAAAAAUCAGGUGUGGACAGAAGGACCAAGAAGCAGCUUGAGGAGAAGAAGGAUGUCUGGAAGGGAAACUGGAUGAAGAGGACCUGUUUGGUUUCAGGGAGACAGAGGAGUAAAAUGUGACUGUGAAAGAUUCAGAGAGGAGGAGAGAGGAGUAGAGAAGACGUUGGUGCAAGUGUUUGGAGGAGGACAGCUGAUGUGACCUGGAGGCAGAGGAGCAGCUGAUCAACACGUUCUGCGGUAGAGGAGUAAAUCUGGUCCUGAUGAUGGGCUGCUGUCUCCUGGUUUACUAUCGGAAGAAGAGAAAGCAGGGCAGCAGAGAUGCAGACGCCCUCAGUCUCUGCAGUCUGGACAUCAAUGAGGCGAGCACCAAGCGCAGCAAACCUGCCCCCAGGGUGGCGUCUCUGGCCAGUCUGCUGCCUCCUGUCAAGGCCACGUCGCUGAAGAGGAUCAGUCAGACUUUGCAGUUUCUAUCUCUGCAGCGCUCCAUCAGUUUCCGCAAUGAGAAUCGAGCAGACAGGGCCUCUCCGCCUCCUCCCCCUCCUCCUCCUUCGUCCUCUUCAUCGUCCGUGAUGAAGACGCGCACCAUUUCGGCGACCGUCUCCAACGUCUCAGCCUGCAUGACCGCACCGCGGGUCGCCACAGCAACAGCGCCCGCCUCCAAGCGUCGGGACAGCAAGCUGUGGAGCGAGACUUUCGACAUCCGAGUGGGAGCAACUCAGACUCUGAGUCCAAAAGAGAUUAAAAGGCAGGAGGCUAUUUUUGAGCUGGCUCAAGGAGAACAAGACUUGGUGGAGGAUCUGAAGUUGGCCAAAAAGGCGUACCACGACCCGAUGCUGAAGCUGUCCAUCAUGACGGAGCAAGAACUGAACCAGAUCUUCGGUACUCUGGAUUCACUGAUACCCCUGCAUGAAGACCUGCUAAGUCGGCUGCGAGACGCCAGAAAACCUGACGGGUCCACGGAAAACGUAGGACACAUCCUGACCGGAUGGCUGCCUUGUCUCUCGUCCUACACGCCGUACUGCAGCAACCAGGUGCAGGCCAAGGCCCUGCUGGACCAGAAGAAGCAGGAUCGGCGGGUCCAGGACUUUCUGCAGCGCUGCCUGCAGUCGCCUUUCAGCAGGAAGUUGGACCUGUGGAACUUCCUGGACAUCCCGCGCAGCCGGCUGGUGAAAUACCCGCUGCUGCUCAGAGAGAUCCUGAAGCACACCCCCAACGACCACCCGGACCGGCAACACCUGGAGGAAGCGAUGCUGAUGGUCCAGGAUGUGGUGGCAGACAUCAACAGGCGGACCGGAGAGUCCGAGUGUCAGUACUACAAGGACCGUCUGCUGUAUCCGGAGGACGGACAGAGGGACGAGCUCAUCGAUCGGUCCAAGUCCCUCAGCUGCCACGGCGAGCUCAAGAACAACAGAGGACUCAAGCUGCACGUGUUUCUGUUCCAGGACAUUCUGGUCAUCACCAGGUCGGUCUCGCUGAACAACCAGCCGGUUAGCUACCAGCUCUGCCGUCAGCCCAUCCCCAUUCGCCAGCUGGACCUGGAGGACAUCUCAGACGGCGAGAUGAGAGUGGGCGGGUCCAUCAGAGGGGCCUUCAGCAACAACGAGCGAACCAAAAACUUCUUUCGGGUGUCGUGCCGCACAGGAAGCCAGCUGCAGGUGCACUGCCUGCAGGCCAGCGACGCCUUCAACAAACAGCAGUGGAUCAACUGCAUCCGCCACGCCAAAGAGGCGGCGGCGGCUCUGACAGGAGAGGAGACGCCCCGGGGAGGACGGCGUGUGGAUCCAGAGCCGGGAGGACCGACGGGGACGUCUCACGGGGCGACUCUGAGUCCUGAGAGCGAAGGUCCGGGUGUUGAGAACGAGAAGGAAGUCGGGGCAGAGAUGGAAGAAGGUCUGGGGCUGCAGGAAGAGGCUGGAGAUCUCGGUGCAUUCAAGGAGAGCGUGAUGAUGGGCGAGGAAGCGGAGGUCCAUGUAACUCUGGAGACAAGGCAGGGACCAGAAUCACCCGAAGACUGGAAGACGGGCGAAGAGGGCGAGGCUCACAGCUCAGGCGGUGAGGAUGUUCCUGCCUCCGGCCUUUUCCUUCAUCCCCUGAACCCAGAGGAGGAGAAGAUGGAGAGCGACGAGGAACAGCGAAGAUCUGAGGAGGAAGAAGAGGUCAGCAUGGACACAGGAGAGAGUGAGGAGAUGACCCACAGAUGCUGACAGACGAUGAACAGAACCGAACCAGUUCAGCUGAGUGAAGGACACGGAGAAUCAGUUCAACUUUGAGAGGACACGCCGGCCAAAAGUAUCCAAGCAAAUGUCGUCUAACACCGGAUGAAUCUUUGGGAGGAGACACGUCAGCAUCAGUGCUGACUUUCAACAGCAUCUCCACAUUUUUGUCACCUUUCAACCACGAAGCGAAACGGAUUUUAUUGAAGUUUUGGCCGACGGAAUAACACAAAACAGUGAAUAAGUGUGAACAAAAGAAACAAACAAACACUGAUUUUUUUCUUAAAUAAAAAUCUGACUUACACUCGUGUUUAUCUCCUGAAUUUACCGUUUCGCUGCAGUUACCGCAGAACGUCUUUGGUUAAUGCUUCUGCCGGCUUUGCACACCUGGAGAUGAAGAGUUCUGCCGUUCUUCGCUGUAAAAUACCUCAAACGUUGUCAGACAGGAAGAGGUAAGGCGGAAGCAGCAGAGAGGGAGUCAAUUAAAAGCUGUUUUAUGAACACUUUGACUGGUUGUUGGCCUCCAGUUCCUGGGUAAAGUUGCUGUUUUUCUGGCUCUGUAAAGACUUUCAUGGUGCCAGCGGUAACUGUAGGAACCUGUGAUGAUCCAGUUUUGCACCAGAACCGACAAUCCUGUUGAGUCAAAAGCACUGUGACUGAAUGUGUCGCAAAUUAAUAGCAUUUCCAGAACCAUACAUCCAUCAGUUUUUGGUUCUGUGUCUUCUAAACCUGAAACAGCUGCCAAUUGUUUUGUGUGUAAGUACACAGAGAGGCCGGCUGUAGAUGUACUGUACAUAAAGACUGUAUAUUAGGAAUAUGUCCACAUGAAUGCUGGAAACACAUAUGUAUGUUAACUCAUGGUUCAGGAAUAUUAAUUACAAUUUUAAAAUGUGUCCCAGUACUGAAGUGAUUAAAUACAUUGUGAUCUAAAGUUGCACAUUCUAACAGCGCUAAAAAGAAAUCCUUCCCUUUAUUCUGCUGUGUACAAAUGAACGAGGCAUUCAGCAACAUGUUCAUCUUCAUCUAACCAAAGAAUCAAUAAAUUAUAUUUAAAAAAAGAA